AUGACCGAACCGAAAAGCAAGGCGAAGAAGAAGGUCAAGGAGAGUGAGAGGACCGUCAAACUCAAGCACAUGUUCAAUACCUACCUCGACGAGAAGAACAAGGUUUUUUUUAUUAAGAGCUCAUACUUGGGCUUCAAGUCUUCAAAGAUUCGAAAAAACUACCAUUAUUUCUUAUAGUGAUUUUGAAAUUCUAUCUAAAGAUUUGGUUUUUUUCAGUUCUCCGGGUUGAGUGAAGACGAGAAAAAAGCGCUAGCCGUGAAAAGGAUAGUCGAUGAAGAAGCUGAGGUUUUUGAAGUAGUCGACGGGGUAAAUUCACAGGAAAAACUAUAAAAAGAAGGAGAAAUACUCAGGCGCGACCGAUGCACGUCAUCUCGAAGCCGGUGGAGCUGAAAUGGAAAGAGCUGCCCGCCGUAUGUUUAUUGUUUUGAAAUGCGUCUUCAUUCCGAAAAAGAAGCGUCGAAUGGAAAAGAUUUCCAGGCGCAAACGGAAGCUGCGAUGAAAGUUUUGGAGGUGCUGACACGAAAUCAGUUGUUGGAAUACUCUUGCCAUCGCAACGAGGAUAUCGCCCUCCUGAUGGAGUACUUCAAGGAGCCAAACAAGCAACCGACUCCCAAGGUGAUAAAAAAGGAAUGAGACGCCCUGACUGGUCUGAUGCGUUUAUGGGUCUUACGAGCUUCUAAACUUUUCCAUUUAGUUGAUCUAAUUUUGCUGCUUCAGAUCGUGUUGCUGCUCGACACGGCCAUCACCAACGGCCUUGCCCAACUCGAACGUCAGUCCGACACUAUAACUGACGUGAUCGACGAGAACAUGCGCGCCCUUCUUAACGAUUCGGACAAGGUAUUCUUCUUUUCAAGCAAGAUGACUAACAUUGAGUGAAGUGAAGCCCAAAACUUUGGUUAAAAGACGGUUCUUGCAGCUUUUGAAAAGGAAAAGUCAGAAGUUAAAAAAGCCGGUUCCAGUGUUUUUUUUAUUAAAUUAUCUAACUCCUGCUUUUUUUCCCUUGUAAGGCGCAAAGAAUCUGAGAUUUGUCUUUCUGAGCCCUUCUCACAACUCUCUCUGUAGUGAACUCUAAAACUUGUUCUCUAUAGUGAUAACUUUAGGCAAAACGCGAUCUGCUGGAAGUGAUGCUGCACAAUCCGCAGUACGUUCCCACGGCCUGGGGCUCGAGUUACUGCGUCAAACGGUUGAAGGAUAAACAGGACGGGGCAAACGAGGAAGACGACAAGACCAACGAAGACCCGAACAACGACAAGAAAAGCUGCGAGCGGCUGAAAAGUCUGGAAGAGUUCGAGUCGCAGUGGACUGACGCCUGUCGCAGGACUAUCGAAGAGGUUAGUUCUUCUCUCAACCCGGAUCGGAUCGCGGUCGCACUUGGAAUGGUUCAAAACUUGAAAUCGGGCUUCAAGUCGUUCUGUUUUCUGAUGUCCAACAUAAAUCUGGUUCUUUGAAAGAAGUUGCCGUGAUGACUUAUUUCAAGCCAUCUCAAGUGCGGCUUCGGACAAAAAGGACAAAAAACUCUUUUUAAUAGUAGAAAACUUUCAAAUCUGUGAAAGUACAAAAAAAUUAUGACGUCAUUAGCAAUAAUGAAACUUACAUAUACUUGUGUUCCAGAGAAAACGGAAGGCAAAGAAGAAAGACAAAGACACUGACAAGACGGUAGAGCAGAAAAGUGAUGAGACAAAAGUGAGUGACGUCAUUCAAAGGUGAUGUCCCUGAGAAAAAGGACGGAUUGAGAGGAAAAAUAACUCGACUUCACCCAUUAAUAUGAACUUUUUUUCGGAAUUCGAAUACAUCCAUCAAAGUUCUCUAAUGUUAUGAGAGGAAUAACACGUUCCUAAAGUCACUUCUAGCGAAAUGGUAGUGUUUCAGAAGGGCAGGAAAAAGGACAAAGACACCGACAGGACGGUGGAGCAGAAAAGCGAUGAAACAAAAGUGAGUGACGUCAUCAUAAUUGAUGUCCAGACAGCAUCUUAUAUUGGGAAUACGUCGAAAAAUUGCGACAUAACUUUUUCACCAAGGACGUCAAUAAAUGAUUUUCAGAAGGGAAGGAAGAAGGACAAGGACACUGACAAGACCGUCGAGCAGAAAAGCGAUGAAGGCCAAGUGAAUAAACUUUCUACUCUUUAAAGUCACAAAAACGAAAGUCUAAGCACUAAAUGAUUUAGUCUAAAUCAAACAUUUGCUUCUGAAAGUUAGAAAUUUCGUCACGUGAUACUACCUGAUUUCUUCAACUUCAUUAUGGACAUAAUAUUUUAAUUCUUCACUUUAAACAUUUUGAACAUCAGAGAGAUCGUGGUUUCGGUUUUUUUUAGACGAAUCAAAAAAACGGAAGUAAAUAUAACGCAAAGUGUUGGAAUAUAGCAUUUAUUUAGAUAUAAAGAAAGUGAACUGAAACUCAUAAAAUCACGGAAUUUUUCUGGAAUCCCACUUACCAGACUGAUCCGUUUCCUCUACAGAGGCGGAAGAACAAGGUCGUUGUUGAUAUCGUAGACAGGUCGAUGGAGUUUGGAAAAACGGAAGAAACCAAAACGAAGACCAGAGACAAGAUGAGCACCAUCGACAAGUCCUCGGAACGGACCCAGAAGCGCACGCUCAGGAAGAAAGCCAGUCCUUCGGCGGUCCGUUUUCCUUUUCGAGAUGGUUUUCGGAGUUUUAAAAAGUAGAAGAAUGUAAAAGAAAAAAAGAAAAUCUUCAAUCAGUAUUAUUGGUUUGUCAGCCAGAUAACUUGGAAAUAUUUCCAAUCUAGCAAACGCAUUUGAGCAAAAAAAAAUUGAGUGAAAAAUGUUUUUUUCUCAUUCUUCUAACUUCAGAUCUCACAAGAAGCGUCGAAGGCCAACAAUUCGACGAGAACGCAGAGAAGCGAAGCAACUCGAAGGAACAAGAUGAACUGGCUGAAGUCGAGGAUGUCGGAACGCAAGAAGUCCAAUGAAAAAUCUCAGGUGAAGCUCCAAUAGAGAUUGAACUUUUUCGCUUCAUUCACGAAAUUUUCUAGAAAUUGUCGCAUAAAGACGUGUCGAAACUUUCCUGCCGGAGAAGGAGAAAUAAAAACCUCGCAAAAUAAUUUCGGAGCUUCUGAUAUGAAAUUAGCUUGUAAUAAACUUCUACAUGUGCUCUCUGGCGGAUUUUGUCGAUGAUUGGCUGGACACGCCCAUUUUACUCAUGAUAACUUGUGCCGAAACUGCGCAAAAUGGGUUUUAAAUAAGCGCAAAAUUUCUUCCCAAUAAUCUCUUUUUGAUCAAAAUUGAACAGCGAAAUCGAAUCGAAAAGAGAAAAACCUGGAAAAUUUUGCAGUCAAAAGGAUUGGCUUCUGCGAGAAAGACUGAAACAGCUUCCAGAUGA